AUGGCAAACGACGAGCAGCGUUUUCUAGACGUGCUUACAGAGUACUCUCAAGACAUUAAGAGCUUCACAGGGUCGAUAUGGGACGCGAGCGAUAGACACUUUGCCAACGUAGCUGGGUAUGUAAAGCGACACGUUCCCGAGAACUGGCUUCCACAGCAGGCGCGACCAUUACCUCCACCACCGCCGCCACCCGCCACCGUAACAGGCGCAUACAUCUAUUACCUUCAAGACUGGGUUUCCAAGAAUCGCGCGCUGACAGCAGCAUUUGUCGCGUUUGUUGGGACAGGCGGGUUUCUUGUAUGGCGGGAAAGGAAGAAGUACAACCGCAAGCGGAGAGCGCGCAGAGCAAGUAAUGGAGCGCGAAGAGAAGUUGUGGUUAUCGCGGGCCCUCCAAAUUCACCCAUCACAAAGUCGCUAUCGCUCGACCUCGAAAGACGCGGUUUCAUCGUAUACAUUGUGUGCUCAAACAUGGACGAAGAGCAACAGGUGCUAAGCGAAUCAAGAGCGGACGUCAAACCUUUACAUUUAGACGUUGUGGACACCUACGGCACACAGAAAGCCAUAGAGCGCUUCCACCAUAUGCUCACGAAGCCACACGUUGCUUUCGCAGGAGCUAGUCCUCACAACCUCCACCUGAAGGGCGUCGUCCUAGUCCCCGACCUAAUCUUCCCAUCAGGACCAAUCGAAACUGUUUCUCCAGAGCUCUGGUCCGAUGCAUUGAAUGCCAAAGUACUCAACACCAUUGCAGUAACACAAGCGUUGCUGCCAACAAUCUGCGAGUUCAAAUCGCGAGUCAUGAUGCUUACGCCCAGUAUCGUGGCGUCGUUACAACCGCCGUUCCAUAGCGUAGAAACGACGAUCGUUCACGCCCUCGAAGGCUUUCUGGCGUCGCUAAGAGGGGAGCUGGGCACUCUCGAUAUCGACGUCAUUCAGUUUCACCUUGGAACCUUCGAUUAUACUAACGUGGGCCCGAAACAUCACCUUCAGAGAAGAGUAUCAAAUGGUCCAGAUGCAUGGCCAACGACCACCAAAGCGUUGUAUGCCAACAACUUUGCCAACCAGACACGUGUUGCGCAUAGUCGCGGGGUGUUUAAUCAUACAAGCAGUUCAGGAAGCCCUCUGCGCGAGCUGCACAAUGCCGUUUUUGACGCGCUCACGCAAAAUCGGCCCCGCAAGGUUUGGCGCGUGGGUCGCGGGAGUGUCACCUACGACCUUGUCGCCAACUGGGUACCCACUGGCGUAGUAGGAUGGAUGAUGGGUCUACGGCGCGUCUCGCUUGACACGACCGCAGCACCCAAACUCGAGGAUAGUGUGCAGUCAUGGGAGAAAGUGGAAGCAAUCGUUUGA